GACAAAUAUAUUUUUGGUCUGUUUUUUUAUAGCUGCACUGCUGAAUUGAUACAAUAAGUUAAAAUGGGACAAGUAUAUUUUGUCUUGUUCUAACUCAUUGCAUCAGUUCAGCAGCGCAGCUAAAAAGAACAGACGAAAUACCUCAUUGGAUUCUUCGUCUGUUAGUAACGUCGGUUGCGCAACAAUAAAGAUGUCGUUUCAUAAAUUUAAUCCGUUCACUGGUAGAUUGAAGCCAGCUACAAAUUUCCAACCGUUCUAUCCUCUCUCUCCUACUGCUUUACAGAAGACAGAACAAAUGAUGAUUUACGACACUAUCAAAACUAAACCAGCGACUAUUACAGCUAAAGCUGAUUAUUGCACUGAUAAGCCACGCACAUUAGAUCCAAAGAUGUGGGCAAAAUAUAAACAUUUCCAGUCUGAUCUUAAGAAGCCAGUCUACUUAAUGGGUGGCAGAAAAGAUAAGGUAUUAUUUGGAAUUACUGUUGCAUUGAUUGCUGUUAGUACAGCACAAUCGCUUUAUAUUGUCUUUACAAAGUACGUGACGUUAAAAUAAGAGAAUAUUGUAGAUGAUAGAUACAUAGUUUUUUCUGGCAUUAUGCAUAUUGUAUUAUGUACAUUAACAUUAUAAAUGUUAAUGCUGGAAAGUUAUAUGAUAAAUUAUAUUGAGUCGAAAGUGU